AUGGACUGGAAGACACCCAGCAAAUACAUCACCCUCGUUUCUGGCGAUGGUUUCGAGUUUGUCGUUCUACGCGAUGCUGCUCUUGUCAGUCCAAUCAUCAAGGGCAUGCUCGACGUGAGAAGUCAGUUCGCUGAAGCUAAAGAGGCCCGUUGUGUCUUCCAAGAGAUGAGCGCCAUGGUCCUUGAUAAGGUUGUCGAAUACUUCCACUACUGGUACCGCUAUCGUAACAGCGAGGAUGUUCCCGACAUGGAGAUCCCGGUCGAGCUCUGCCUCGAACUGUUGGCCGCGGCAGAUUACCUGGGCCUGGACCAGGCGAAUAUGGGCAUGAAGUGA